AUGUCCUCCGGGGCUAGCGCGAGCGCCCUGCAGCGCCUGGUGGAGCAGCUCAAGUUGCAGGCUGGCGUGGAGAGGAUCAAGGUGCGGGCCCCGGCUGCAGAACUUCAACAGUACUGUAUGCAGAAUGCCUGCAAGGAUGCCCUGCUGGUGGGUGUUCCAGCUGGAAGUAACCCCUUCCGGGAGCCCAGAUCCUGUGCUUUACUCUGAAGACUCGAGAG